GCAUGCACUUCAACAGCCUGCUCUCAGAGGAGGAACGUGUCUUUUUAAGAGAGAAACUUUUAAGUAAACUUUGUUUGAAAUGCAUCAAAGCUUCAAGGUGACAACUUGGGGAUUGACACAACAGCUGUUUAUCUACUUUAUGGUCUCAGGUGCUGGCUCUCUGGUCACAGUCCAGCAGUCCUCCUGUGCUCACCGCUGCUCUGGGUCAUGACGUUAUAAUGCCGUGCCAUCUCAAUCUUUCCCAUGAUGAAAAGAUGUUGACCCCACCGGUUCUGUAUUGGAUAUACUUAACAACGGACGGCACUGACAAUCCCAGAGUGUGGAUCCCAUCUGAGAAAUAUGAGGGACGUGUUGACACUCUGGAUAAUAAUCCAAACACUUCAAACAAGUCCAUACGCUUCAAGAACGUCCAGUGGGCCGACAGUGGGAGGUACCUCUGCAAACUCUCCAUCAACACAAAGAGGGAUAAAAGUUUCAGGAAGAAAGGAAAUGAAACAUUACUGAUGGUUUAUGACACCAUGACCUUUAACCCCACGGGUCACAAUGACUCUCUGCUCUCGUGUGAAGUGAAUGUGACGCGAGAUCCCGGAUUAGUUUUGUCCAUUUUUCACGAUGGAUUCAAACUCCAACCUGUCGGCUCUGCUCCAGGAAAAGGUGGCACAGCUCUGCCCUUCGUCACCCUCUCUGAGACCGUCUCUCCGAGGAGCAAAGGAGAAUAUGAGUGUCAGCUGCACCUGAACAAAGAUCUGCUAACGAAAAGCAUCUUCCGCUACAAUCUGCCCGAUGGUGGAGAUGCUGAAAAGAAUGUUUCGCUGACAUCUCCAACAACUGUCUCCGAGCCAAAUGUGAAGUUGUUUCCAGAGCCGUGGUUCCUGUAUACGGCUCUCCUCCUGGUGCCCUUUGUCAUCCUGCUGGGUCUCAUAUCUGCCACCCUGAUGUGCAGAUGUUUGUCAACAUAUGGCUUUAACUGAGAGGCUUAGCAAUGGAGAUCAAUUCAAGUUAAAAGGGGAGCAUUCACAUAUAAGAUAUUAUUCAUGAUAAAAUGAUCAGAGUGCAGGCAUAACUGUUCCUGCUAUGUCAAAUAUUAAUAUAUGGCUGCAUCCCAAUUCAAGGGCAGCACCCUUCAAAGUCCCAAAACGUCCUCGUGGUUAAAACCAGGAUGUCCCUCUUCACCAAUGUGGCUUUCUUUUAGAAAGCGCAAACAGAAUCCCAAAAUCUAUAAUGCACCAUUCAGUCACUAUUAAUGUACUAGUCUCUGUAACAUACUGUAUAUGCUUUCUUAUUCCUAUUAUUUAGUGUGAUAAGCUACAUCUGUGGCCUCUUAUCUAUUAUUUUUCUAUUAAUUAACAAUAUAAACUGCAUUUGACUGUGAAUUAAAUAUAUAAACAUAUAUGUUAUUGCUCCUAUUGAUUCAUUAUCAUUGCUCUUUAGUUGAAAGCACAGUGACAUUUUUACAGUCAUGUGUUCUGUGUGGUUUUCACAGGAAUGUUUAACUUUAAAUCCGAAUAUUGAAGUAAAACCCAGCCCACACCUUCCUCCUUCCUCAGAAAUGUAAAUGUCUGGUUCUCUCUUUUCUAAGUUUUACGAGUCAGUUCCUUUACAUCCUUUCUGUUCCAUUGUAUCGAAAUAAGGGAACGUAUUGUUGAUACUUUAUCGCCCUCUCAUGGUGACUGAGGACAGUUGCACGACAGGAGAAGCGUUGAGAGCCGGAAACCAUUUAGCACUGGUUUAACUUUAAGCAUGAACCAAACCAC